UGUGAGACGAACUUUCUGCAUACAACAAUGAUGCAUAUUAAUACUAUAUCAAUUUAUAUUUAGUUAACUUAUAUGCAUUCAGUGAAUUUAUAAUUAUUGCAAUAAUGUGUUAGAAGUGGUAUUUUGCAUUUAAUUUAUCAUUAAUUCAUACAGUUUUUAAGUGCAAAGCAUAAUCCAAAAUGGCAUUAGAAACCACUAAUGCAAAAAACUAUGAAUUUGUUCUGAAGUCAUUUUUAGCAGGAGGUAUUGCUGGAAUGUGCAGCAAAACAACUGUUGCACCAUUGGAUCGCAUUAAAAUUUUAUUACAAGCUCACUCUAAGCACUACAAACACUUAGGAGUUUUUAGUGGUUUAAGACAUAUUGUUCAUAAAGAAUCUGUAUUUGCUCUGUACAAAGGCAAUGGUGCUCAAAUGGUUAGAAUUUUUCCAUAUGCUGCUACACAAUUUACAGCAUUUGAGAUUUAUAAAAAGUACUUAUCAUCAGUACUAGGCCCGAAUAAGUAUAUUAAGAAUGGAGAUAAAUUUGUAGCUGGCGCUUGUGCUGGUGUUACUGCAGUGACUUUCACUUAUCCAUUAGAUACAAUACGAGCACGACUUGCAUUUCAAGUGACAGGUGAACAUAAAUAUACUGGAAUUAUAAAUACUGCUGUUACUAUGUUCAAACAUGAAGGUGGUAUGAGAGCUCUCUAUAGAGGUUUUGUCCCUACAAUGAUGGGAAUGGUGCCGUAUGCUGGCUUUUCCUUUUAUUGUUUUGAAACUCUAAAAUAUUUUUGUAUGAAAUAUACACCACAUUUUGCAUGUAAUCAGCUGGAGAGGAAUACAGGAGGUUUGGUGUUAACAAUUCCAGCCAAAUUGUUGUGCGGAGGAUUUGCUGGUGCCGUAGCACAAUCAAUAUCAUAUCCUCUUGAUGUAACGAGGAGACGAAUGCAAUUAGCAAUGAUGACUCCAGAAACUGCUAAAUUUGGAAGCAUGGGUAUGUUCCAGACUCUAUCAUUGAUAUACCAAGAAAAUGGUAUCAUUCGAGGUCUUUAUAGAGGAAUGAGUAUUAACUAUCUAAGAGCUAUCCCAAUGGUUGCCGUUUCGUUUUCAGCAUAUGAAUUGCUGAAGCAAAUGUUGCAGUUAGAUACUGGUAUGCAGUUGUAAUGCGUGAACUUAUAGUACAAUUGACCAAAAGGGAACUCCGUAAGUUCCUUUAGAAAAUAUUUUCUUGUAUUUAACCCUUUCCACUCGCGAAUUCCGGAAUUUAUAUGUAUUUUGGCGCCGGAGCGGCGGCAUCCGAGUCAAAAGGGUUAAGUUUUAAUUAUUGUAUGUAUGUA